CCUAAAGCGGGUUAGCACUAUAUUCUAGCAUGACGUUGUGUAAGGACGGGUGGCGUCUACCCAGCCAAUAAAGAUGAGCCGGUCGUGGAUUUCCUCUGGUUGAGCAUGAAUAAUCAUAUGGAUAGAACGGUGGCUCGAGGCUGUGAAAGUGGCAUUCUUAUGCAAGAUGGCGGGCUUUGGGUAAUCUCCGUCAAUGUUGGAGGACUGAUGCAUGCUCAGGACCGCCGGACUUAGGACGUAUAGAAGAAGCGAAAGAGUAUAAAGUGGCCGUUCAAUCCUGUCGUUAAUCUUCCAGUUUCAAAGAACAUAUCAGAUAAGCACUGAGAAAAGGACAUCAAAAUGACCGCAAUUGAAUACUCCGAAUCAACCACAACCAGCGAGAUAGUUAAGGCUUUCCCUGACAAAGUCAAUGGCCGAACCUUCUUGGUCACAGGGGCAAGCGAAAAGUCAGUCGGUUCUGAGACUGCUAUAUCCCUUGCACGAGAUGCCUCUCCGGCGAUCAUCAUCCUUCCUGGCCGCACAUAUUCACGGAUUGAGCCUGUCAUAAAGGAGAUCAAUAAUAUCAACCCAGCCGUCAAGACUAUUUUCGUCGAGCUUGAUCUUUCUGAUCCCGCUUCUGUGAAGAAAGCCGCAGGAGAAAUCCUUGACUCUACCGAUAUUGACCACAUUGACGUCUUGAUCAACAGCGCUGGAGUAAUGGUUACACCUUAUACUCCGACCAACUGGAAAUCCCCCACUGGCCAGCCGAUCGAACUUCAAUUCGGAACAAACCAUCUGGGCCAUUUCCUACUCACCAAGUCCCUCCUUCCGAAGAUAAGAAAGGCAGCCCCGGGUGCUAGGAUCGUCAGUGUAUCCAGUUCGGCCCAUCGACUAUCUGGUAUCAGAUAUGAUGAUCCCGGCUUCCAGAAUGGAGAGACAUACACUGCUUGGGAAGCUUACGGACAGUCAAAGACUGCAAAUAUCUUAUUAGCAAACUUUUUGGGUCACACUAUCCCCAAACACGAGAUUGCCAGUUUUUCACUCCAUCCAGGUAGUAUCUCAUCGGGGCUGCAACAGUAUGUCACACCAGAGAUAUUGCAGGAGGGACUAGCCAGGGCAAAAGACAUACCAAACUUCGAGCCCUACGGCAGGAGAAAGACACUGCAGGAAGGCGCAGCAACGAGCAUAAGAGCUGCGCUAGAUCCGUCGCUGGAAGCCUUCUCUGGAAAGUACCUCAACGACUGUAAUAUUUACACCCCAGCUCCUUGGGCUGAUAGUUUUGAGGAAGCUGAAAAGCUCUGGAAGUGGAGUGAAGAAUGUGUCGAGCGGACUUUUGCUAAUUGAUCGAUGGAUAGUGAAACAUUUGUCGUCUUGCCUGUUCACAUGCCUCCUACCUAAAUUGAUGUGUAACAAGAGGAGAAUAUAACCAAUUCAUUAAAUAACUG